CCCGAAGCUGUUCCGUCUCGGGACGCACGUUAUAGACGACCCGUUGAGUUCUUGCCGAGUCCACAGCUGAUGGUCUACUAGCUUUUAGAAGGCCUUUGACAUGAGCUAGAGCACAAAGUGAUCACUAUCUGUCAUAGAAGGACGAUCUCUACGCCGCUGAAGACGGGAGCCAAAAUACGACGAGUAUUCCAAAAAGCGCCCACUGUGUGGUCUUGUAAACAUGUCGGCAGAGCCCCAGGCCUCGCCAGAGGGCGGAGCAGAGCCUCCUGCGAUGGAUGUCAUACGAAAAUUAGACGACAUAACCGUUGGAAUGAGAGUUGAAGCCAAAGACAGCUAUGGAAAAUGGUUUCGUGCUAAAGUUGUUGAAAAGGAUGAAGAAACAGGGGAAGUAGUGGUCCAUUUUGACGGCUGGAGCUCCCGUUAUGACGAGCUGAUCCACAUCGGGGAGGGCCGACUACGACCCUUGUCUCAGGAGCAGCUGCAGAAGGCCUCGCGGACAUGCAAACACAAGCCAGUGGGAGUUGGUGACCGCGUGCAGGCAAGGUGGCAUGAUGGGAGGAUGUACUAUGGCAGAGUCCUGAAACUGCUCAACCAGAUGGCGGUAGUGUUGUUUGAUGAUGGAGUGGAGUACACAGCGCCUAUCAAUGCCGUCAGAAAGAGAAAAGUCGACCCGUCUCCAGUCAGCAGUAGAGGAGAGGGCUCCUCACAGGGACCUCCUGGGAUCAGUCAAAGAAAGAGAAGACUCAUUGAAAGGAGAGGCAGAGAGGACUCUGCAUCACAGCCUUCCACCUCUCCCCCCUCGUCGCCACUGUUUGCCCCGAAGAGGAUCCCGUCUUCCCGGUCAAACCGGUUUUGGGAGACAGACGAGUCCUCGUGCACAGAGUCUGACGAAGAAGGCAGUAAGAGACAGGGGAGAGAUUCCAGUCUGACAUAUUGCGCAAGUUCCGACGGUGACCUUCAACCUCCGCACGGGAAACGAGGCAAAUGCCCAAACAGGGAACUUCGGGAGCCAUACAAACUACGGAAACAGUUGUCGCGGCAACAGUACGCCCCUGUCAUCAGGAAACGAAAAUCAAAGGACUCAGCUAGUUCGAGUGCUGGUGAGACUGUGGCACUGCCUGCUAGCGAUGGAGGGACGGCCUCAGGAAGAGAGAGUGGUGCCCGCGAUGGUGGACCAGUGGUGGUGAAGAAGGAGAGAGAAGACGAAGAUGAAAAAGACCAGACCCUGCCCUGGAAAUCAUCCGAUGAAGACGUUUUGAUGCCUGAAACUGUUGAUGGAGCUGUUGAGAACCGUGCAUCAGGUGGCAUUAAGAAAGAGGAGAGUAAAGUCCGGGUCAAUCCCAGCAGAUCGAAACCCGAUUCUUCAAACCCAUGUCCCCACCUCCCUUCCUCCUCUCACCCUCCUCCCUCCUCCCCCACUCCCCUCUCCACACCUGAAAAACCACCGACUUCCCCCAGUCACACCUGUGACACGGUCGCAAGAGACGACCCAAAUGACCCGACGGGCUCUUCCUCUCCUCCUGGUUUGAGAAGUCCGUCGAAACUAAAGAUGGUUUGCUCCUCAUCACGGAGAAAGAGUAGCUCAAGUAGUUCAGUCACCACUCGGUUCAGAGCUCAGACGACCUUUGAAAAUAGCAAGCUCGGGAAGAUGAAAGAGAAGGGGAGACAAGGGAAAGUGGCACCCAAGGAACUGGUAAUAAUGUGGGAUCACAAUGAGUUCAAAUGCACUCACUGCGGAUGCACAAAGUCCUUCCGUAAGCAGUCGCUCCUGGAGAGCCACAUGAAACACUACCACAACAUAAUGCCUUUUCCAUGGAGGGGAAAAACUGCUAACACAAUGAAGGUACCCCAGGGUGACCGUACUCCAGUAUGGAAGUCUCCUCAGUCGCCCUCCACCUCCCUCACCAACAAAUCACCAAAGACCCCGGCGUCCCUGCCUGCCACGCCCUCUUCUUCUUCCUCCCACCUUUCUCCAACCACCUCUGCCUCUCUCCCUCUCUCCCCGUCCCUCCAACCCAGCCCCAAGAAGGCAAAACUGAGCGAACACCACGAUCCUACAGUUCAAGAGCAUGAGAAGGUCAGGCCACUCACUACUGACAAUAAAACCAGCGGAACUAGUUUCGGGAGCAAGUCGCCGAAGAAAUCUCGUCCGAAAUCGAGUCUUUCGAAAUCUUCCGCCACUACUGGCAAUACAGCAGCAGUUCUUCAAUCAAUCAGUGGCCAACAGAAACACACAACCUCUCCUUCUUCCUCCACCACCUCCUCCUCUUCCCCUCCCUCGAAACACAAGCAGUCCUCGGGGAAGAAGCACAGAGAUGGUAAAUCUCACAAGGAAGCCUCACGAAAGGGAGGGGAAAUGGCUUCAAAAUCUCAGACGAGUCCCUCUCUCCCGUCGUCCUCUGCUGCCGGUGUGCCUCUGCAGAGAAGCCGGGGAACGGCGGGAAGUUGGCCAGGGGAUGUCAGCGGUGGGCAGAAGGCCCCAGCUGCCACUGGCGGUGAAUCGAGUAAACAGGAUGGGAUGGGUGGCAGUGACGUGAAGUCCGAAGCAAAUCUCCCCUCAGGGAUGCCUGGGGAAGGAGGAGCAGUAGAGGGGGACAGUAGAUCAGUGGAACAGCUCAGCCGGUCGACGUCUCCCGGCAGCGAGGCUAAUGAUGACGUCGUUCACUGUGUGUGUAGCGACAACACUGACGAGGGAUUCAUGAUCCAGUGUGAGCAGUGUCUCUGCUGGCAACAUGGAGACUGCAUUGGCAUCUCGAAAGCCUCACUUCCCAAACAGUACAUCUGCUGCUUCUGCACCAACCCUCCAGGUUUGAGACAAAACAGGAAAUAUCAGGUAAAGCAAGCCUAUAUAUAUACCAUAUUCCAAGUGCCAAUCUCACGAAUUCCACCAUAACGACAUUCAUGGGCUCUCCCACAGCCCCUGUGUGUGUGUUCGUUAAACAAAAAGGGAGUCAAUUAUACAUGUCAGUGGAAUAAGUGUUCCUUGUUAAGUGUUGCAUGUGGUGGACUGGGUUACGGAAGCCUUUGCACAAGGAUUCGUUGUGACGACAUAGCGUAGGAAUAGGCUCUAUUAUUGCAUUCCACCUUGUCACAUUACUUCAUGCUGUAACGAUAGCACGUUUUUCGAGCCCAGCCCUUUAAAGCAGACACCUGGAACACGUGCAAGAGAUUGCGGUUGCCAGGUCUGUGCGUCACAAGCAGAUCCAAUGUUCUAAGCUAAACAUCUUGCACUAUGACUCCAUUAUUGAGUUGGUAUAAUGUGUACCAUUCGAAACCUCAGACGUGUAAUUGGUCUUUUUUGGAUUAUCUACAGUAUGACCUCCAGUGGUACUGUGACGGUACCCUACCCAGCCUCCCUGGGGGGCCAAAUUUCCCCUGCCCCGACACCAUGCUCAAGUGCCACAUCCUCUUGGACAAGCUCUACCUCCUCCGGAAGAUGUCUCACUCUUCGAAAGUGAAACUACAAGCAGCUAGCACUCCAAAUCACUCCUACCUGCGUCAGUGGAGCAAAGAGUGCGCCUGUUUGGAUAAGGAGACUCUCAAGAACUAUCUAGCUACAGCACUGCAACCUAUAGUCACCCGUGGCCCUGACACCACUCGGAACGCAGCGGCUAUAGAUAACCCAGCAUGUACUAGUAGCAACUCCAACUCUUUGUCCACCGUUGUAAAGCCUGAACCAGAAACUGCAGGCGGAGUUGAGGUAGCUUCAAGUUCCCAUGAAAAGGGGAAGCUUGCAAAUGGAGACAGGAUUUCGGAAGGCCCCAAGGAGCCACUGUUUUUACCCCUAGAGAACCAGAAACCCACUGGAAGUAUCAAAAUGAGCGUCUUAGCUGGUCCCACUCAAUCGUCUAUCGCUCAGGGGGCUGGUGUUCCUAAGUCCCGAGAUUUGUCACGGGAUCAGGUGGUAGAGCAAGAUAUUUCUGGUACUGCUCGAUUGCCUCACGAUGCUGAGGGCACGCUGCGCUCCACUAGCACUGAACCUGAUUUCACUUCCGAAUUUGGAGUGCAAGAAACGUCGGUGUUUGCCGUCAAAGAGAGUGAAAAUGUGCCUCAACCAAACUCCCCUAAGCAACAGAAGCCCUCUGGCUCAGUUAAAACACCACCUACGCCUACAACCCUCCCAGCGGCUAUCCCCGCAGUCUCUCUUCUGACACAAAAGAAAACCCUUCAGCAAAGUACUACUUCUGCGUUCAAACCGGUGGUCAUCACGGCAGCCAGGCAAAGUAUGGGGAACCCCUCCACACCUCCUGGAUCUGCACCGAUCCGUGCUAAAACGCCCACAUGUACGUCUAGCCAGCUGACUUCUCUGCUCACAAGUCCCAUUUCAACUCAUCCACAGUCACUAGUACAACCUCCUACUUCCUCCUCCACCUCACUCCCAGCAUGCUCUAGUCAAACGGGACCUCCUCCCAAUACUACUGCCAACAUCACGGAAGACACAGUCAGUAGUCUAAACACCAGUGCACCGACAAGCAAUCAACAGCCUGCGUCGCAGAGUACAACAACCACCUCAGAGCCUUGUGCGACUCAACUAAGCCGACUUAAACUCGUCCCAAACGUAGGCGGAGAUUCGAUUUUUACCGAAACUGCGUCCACCCUUCGGCCGAGUCAAGACUCUCCACCACCAGCGCCGGUUCUCGUGAGAGAGUUCACAGAGGCGUUUGUUCACGGUGACACCACCAACUGGUUCAAACGCAUGCUUCUCAUGGACCACGUAGAGGCAGUGCAGGACGAGAUCCUUCGCUGGGUGGAGCAGAUGGAAAAUGAAGUUGACGAUCUGUCAGGCGAGGAAGAGGAAGAGGAGGAUGGGGAAGCUGAAGAUGUCAUUAGUGGAAUUCAGGCAACACUUGACCGACUGAAUACCUUUCACUGCCAGAUUAUUGGGAAAACGCAAUAGCUGCUGUCUUAUUUUUCAAACUGGAAAACCAACCGUUUUUGUGUGAACCUAAGUUUUACCCCAUUUCAAUAUCCUAUCUUCUAUGUUAGCUAGCUAUAUUCUACAUGUGUACGCAUAUUCUUACAGAAUAUAGCAAUGUAGGUCUAUGUCGGUCUUCACAAACAUCGAUUCCUCUUUCUGUAUUCUUAUCAAUCGUAAAACCAUGGCAAUAAUUGUUAUGUUUGUCUGGCAGUUUUGUCAUUCAAGUGGCUUCCCCUCGGAGCGGCUUUACUAACCACGCGAUUGUGUAUAAAGCCUUUAUGGGAAGUUUGUAUGUCUAUAUUGCUGAAGCAACUACACGUUUUUUGUUA